AUGGUUCAAGGGGACGAAAAUCGCGAGCUUCUCAUGGUCCUUAUCGACCUGACUCCUGUAUGGUGGGGCACAUACGCCCAUGAAAACCUCAUUUUCCCUUCCUUCAUUGAAUGUAUUCUCGCUUUUGUCAACUGUCACCUCACGCUUUCGCCCCUCAACGAAGUGGCCAUCAUAGGAGUCACUCCUGAGCAGACAGAAUUUUUAUGGCCCUCCUUAACCCCACUGGAAGAUCUUGAGCUACAAUCCUGUUACUAUGGUCAGUAUGAAGCCUUUACGAUUCUUGGCGAGACAGUCAGACGGAAGGUUCAAAGACUCAUAACUUCGUGCGAGUCUCUGGCCUGCACUGUUUCCUUCGCCAGCGCUAUCAAUAAUGCUCUCUGCUACUAUAUCCGUCGUUGCCGUGAGCUGCGUCCCACUCUUUCCCUUCAAAAUGACCCAGCAUCUUCCAACACUAAUGCAAUCGUUGCUGUGGAGGACAUAAGUAGUCUCCUAACUGACAACUUCCACGCUCGUAUUCUCGUUGUGCGAGCAGCAGAGGACAAUUCGGCGCAGUACCUUAGCCUCAUGAACGCCGUGUUCACCGCUCAAAAGCUAGGCGUCCUCAUAGAUGCAUGCAUCAUUCCACCCACCCGGAUGUCUUACAGUGCCGACGAUCCUCUGCGUCAGUCCUCCACAACUCUUCAGGAGUCCAGCAACUCCAGCCUUUUCCAACAGGCUGCCGACCUCACUGGAGGUAUCUAUUUGCGGAUUCCUCGACCCGCGGGUCUUUUGCAAUACCUCCUUUCCGUCUUCUUGCCUCGCGCUGGUCUCCGCUCACAAUUAAUUCUACCUGACUGUGGCGGGGGUGCAGCCACGGGAGUGGAUUUUCGAUCGGCAUGUUUCUGUCAUCGGAAGAUGGUAGAUUUGUCCUACGUCUGCUCAGUCUGUCUCUCCAUUUUUUGCGCCUUCACACCGAUCUGCUCCACUUGUCAGACACCUUUUAAGAUCCCGAUUGUGGCAGCAGAUGACUACCAUCUAGGAUCCAAGGGAUGGGAUUUGAUGAAAAGGAUGGGUUGGAUAGAGGGCAAAGGUUUGGGUGCUCAAGGUCAAGGUCGUACCCAACCCGUGCAGGCGAAAGUGCCAAAAAAACGACAAGGUCUGGGGGUGGCUAGCUCGGCUGCGGAAGCUGCAACCCCAUCACUCUGCUUCCGAGUACUUGAGGUGUCCGAAGUGCCCAUGGGUCCGCACGCCUGGUCGGAGGACCCUGAGAUACCCCCUCCGUCGGCUGACGAUGAUCGCGUCUAUCCGUGGUCCCGAUGGUCCAACUUCAGUGACGCCGCAGAGCUGCCCGCAGCGGCGUUGAAGGCCCUCCAAACCGUCCUUCUACAGCCCGAUUCUCCACAGGCGCUCGGUCCGCCUAUUGAAAGGAUGGACACGCAGACGCGGUAUUGCUCGGAGGAGUUGCUCAUUGAAAUGCUGUUCUAUAAGGUUGGUUGGUUGGCUGACCGGUCAACGAGUCGGUCCUGGUCCAGUAACUCUCUGGAUAAACGGGGUCGUGAUGCCAUCACCAGUGCUCGUAUUCGUUCCAACCCCUAUGAGAAUGUGCGUAGUGGUAUAUUCAUGAACAGAGCCGCGAUGAAAAUGGCUAACAUGGAUGCUCUUUUCAAUGGACUCUUCUCCCAGGCGGCUCCUCCUAAUGAGAUUCUCCACUUCGCCGAUAUCUGUGCGGGUCCUGGUGGAUUUUCAGAGUACCUGACGUGGCGUCGUGGCCACCCCUUUAACUCCACCUCACCGACGCAUCACUUUCCACACAUCCGCGGCUACGGCAUGACUCUCACUGGUCCCUGUGACUUCAAAAUGGAGAAAUUUGUCGCAGGUCCCGCUGAGACCUUCCAUCCCUUCUAUGGGUCCGCUAAAGAUGGCGAUAUCACGAAGUGGGAAAACUUGGCUUCCUUUGCCCAGUUUGUUGCUCACAACACCGGUGACAAGGGUGUCCAUGGCUUUGACGUUUCCGAUGCCUAUAACCUACAAGAGGUGAAAUCCAAACACAUCUACCUUUGCCAAUGUCUCUGCGCCCUAACCCUUUUGCGACCCGGUGGUUGUUUUGUCACCAAGUUGUUCGACAUCUUCACCGAUUUCAGUGUGGACCUGAUCUGGCUUAUGAGUCAUGUCUUCAAGCGCAUCAAACUCAUCAAACCCAUCUCCAGUCGGCCGGCCAAUUCAGAGCGAUACCUUCUUUGUGAAGGUCUCAUCACCUCCAAUCCUGGAAUGGCUGGAUGUCCCAAGGCCCCUCCCUCUUGCUCAACUGCCAACAGUAGCAGCGUCAAUUCGGCGCCACAGUGUUCCAAAGCUCCUUUCAAGAAGUCUAUCUCACAACGUGCCAACGCUGUAAAGCGCAGCGGUGGUAAUAGUGAUGUUAGUGGUAGUACCCUCCAAGUCGACACAGCGUCGGCUGUGGGGGUGCUAAUUAAGCACCUUCUUGCGGUCAGUGAGGGUCUACACAAACGACGAAAAGCCGAAAAGGGGGAAGAGGAGACGUCACUACUUUUUGAUAUCCUUCGUUUGGCUCACUAUGAAGAGAAGACUGGUCCAAGCGAAGGCUUUGCUGAUUUCAUUACCAGCGUGAAUGAGGAGCUUGCAUCUCAUCAGUGUCUUUACCUCUCCAAGAUGAUCAUCUUCGCCGACAAUGGGGCAAAGGAGGAUGAUUCUCGAGAUGAUCUCAGGGUUGCCUGUUUGAAAAAGUGGCAGAUACCUGAAGUUGCUCGGGGACCCUGCUCGUGGCCCCUGUGGUCCAGUAACAUUCCUCCAAUCCUGAAGAGCAUCAUACGUGAAUCAUCCAAGGGCACAAUGCUAAACAACCUGCCUAGGAAUCUGUGUCGUCCAACGAAUAUAACUCUACUCACCAAAGACGACCUUUCUCGCUCUUCCUUCUCUCCUCACUCCCUUUACGCUGUGGUUUUGAGUGAACUCCUUCUGAAUUCCAGUAAUCUGCCCAAGCAGCCUGUGAUGGUCAUAUCAUUAGGUGGAGGCUCUGCACAGGGCAAAGAAAAUCUGAAGUACAGCUGUGAUGGUAAAAAAUGGAGUGAUAUCUCAUGGCCUGAGGAAAUCCAUCCCCGUCUGCCCGCUGGGAGUCUCGUCUGGGCCCUCGUCAUCAACACCUAUUCCCCUGAUAGACUCCGUAAACAUGCCCUAAUGUUGCUUGACGCGGCUUUCAUCUAUGGCAUUGACAUACAGUCUCUGUCUUACGGAGAAAGAAUGCGACAUAUUCGUGACCUCUGCAAUACCGUGGAUUUCGUAAAUGAUUCUGUGAAGAUAAUUUCGCCGCCUCUCUUACUUCUACCCCAAAUGCAAGCUUUUAUGCAACAGUUGACGCUUCUUCCUUGCAAGGACGCACCGAAUAAAGUUCCCAUGUUUGUCGCAACCACUGACGGGUGCACCUGUGCACCAAAAGGCCUCCUCCUCGUCAAGCAUUUGGCCAGUCCAUGGAGCAUGCGUCGAAGUCGUGGUACUGGAUUUCUCUACUACUUUAACGAACAAACCUGCGAAUCUGUUUACGCAGCACCCCCUGGUGUUGAAUUACCUUUCAGCCAAACGCUCUUCUUGCGAGUUCCAUGGAGGGCCGAACAUGAUGGUGAACUUGAUGCCCCCUAUCUGAUCGAGCACUGUCAUCGAACGCAACUUUAA